CAAAAAGACAAUCUCUCUCUCUGUCCCCUUAUGAAUUAUGAUAUAAAUAUCUUCUCACCAACUCCUUGAAAUCUCGGCAGAAAAGUUGGCACCACAUUCUGGGCUCAAAUUUGUCACUUGUUGAUCUUUAGCAUCUCAACAGAUUCGAUUCAUUUCCCAAUUCCCAUAUUUCAGAUCAGGAAAGGCGGUGCUGGGGAAAGGAAGCAAAUCUUGAUAUAUCAAAGACAUGGGAUCCGGUCAAUGGAUGGUAGAGAAGAGAUCUGGUUUAGAAAAUGAUUCGUUUCCAAAGGAACAUGAGACUGCGUCCGAAACUGGGUGCCUUUCAAUUAUUGUGCUUGGUGCUUCUGGUGAUCUAGCCAAGAAGAAGACUUUCCCUGCUCUCUACCAUCUUUUUCGCCAGGGGUUUCUGCACUCAAAUGAAGUCCACAUUUUCGGAUAUGCAAGGACUAGGAUUUCAGAUGAUGAACUCAGAGAUCGAAUCCGUGGAUAUCUUGGCAAAGAUGCUGAAGUUGUAUCAAAGUUCUUGCAACUGAUCAAAUAUGUAAGUGGUUCUUAUGAUACUGAGGCUGGAUUUCAGCUAUUGGAUAAGGAAAUUUCACAGCAUGAAGUAUCAAAAAAAAGUUCAGAAGGAUCAUCUCGAAGACUAUUUUAUCUUGCACUUCCCCCCUCGGUGUAUCCAACUGUCUGCAGGAUGAUCAGAAAAUGCUGCAUGAAUAAAUCUGAUCUUGGUGGAUGGACUAGAAUUGUCAUUGAGAAACCUUUUGGCAAAGAUUUGGAAUCUGCAGAAAAUCUUAGUGCCCAUAUUGGAGAGUUGUUUGAAGAAGCACAACUUUACCGUAUCGAUCACUACUUGGGAAAAGAAUUGGUGCAGAACUUGCUAGUUCUCCGUUUUGCAAAUCGCUUCUUUUUACCUCUUUGGAACCGCGACAACAUUUCCAAUGUUCAGAUUGUGUUUCGGGAAGAUUUUGGAACUGAAGGUCGUGGUGGAUAUUUUGAUGAAUAUGGGAUUAUUCGUGAUAUUAUUCAAAAUCACUUGCUACAGAUUCUUUGUCUGGUUGCCAUGGAAAAGCCCGUUUCUCUCAAACCUGAAUAUAUUCGGGAUGAGAAAGUGAAGGUUCUUCAAUCAGUACUUCCAAUCAGAGAUGAAGAUGUUGUUCUUGGACAGUAUGAAGGCUACAGGGAUGACCCAACAGUUCCUGAUCAAUCAAAUACCCCAACAUUUGCUACUGUUGUUCUGAGAAUACAUAAUGAAAGAUGGGAAGGGGUUCCUUUCAUACUAAAGGCCGGGAAGGCAUUGAACUCAAGGAAGGCAGAGAUACGUGUUCAAUUUAAGGAUGUUCCUGGUGAUAUUUUCAAAUGUCAAAAGCAAGGAAGGAAUGAGUUUGUAAUACGCCUGCAGCCCUCAGAAGCCAUGUACAUGAAACUUACGGUCAAGCAGCCUGGACUCGAGAUGUCUACUGUUCAAAGUGAACUGGACUUGUCAUAUAUGCAACGUUAUCAAGGGGUCCCCAUCCCGGAGGCAUAUGAACGUUUGAUUCUUGACACAAUUAGGGGCGAUCAGCAGCAUUUUGUUCGCAGAGAUGAAUUGAAGGCAGCAUGGGAGAUCUUCACACCCCUUCUGCACAGGAUUGACAAUGGUGAAAUGAAGCCAAAGGAAUACCAACCAGGCAGCCGGGGUCCAGUCGAAGCAGAUGAGCUGCUGGCAAAAGCUGGUUAUGUUCAAACACAUGGCUAUAUCUGGAUUCCUCCUACAUUGUAGAAAUGGAGCCAGCAUGGAAUAAGCGGCUGUGCAGUUUCCAGUUUCCCGAAGAAUAGUAUAAUUUUUAGUGUUAUGAAAUACUACUACCUGAGGUGUUUUAUGUACCGCGGCCUUCAGCUAAGCUUGUUGAGAGAAUUUGCUUUGUCAUGUGAGCAGUCUCCACUCGGAAUAUGUGUUUGUUGUGGUGUGUGUAAUAAGGACGUGUCUACGUGAGGAAAUAAGGAAAUAAAAUUGCUUUAAGCCGUUGCCAGCGUGUAAUGAUAUUGUAGAUUCUCU